UAUAAAUAAUAACAUGGAAUACAAAGUCAGAGAAUUAGAUAUGCAAGCGCUACAGGAAGAAAUUUUACGCAAGUGUAGAAAAAAGACAGAACCUUUAGCUCUUUCUGACGAAACGGAAGAUGAUGAGCAUAAAGAAGAUGUACAUGAUGAGGAAGAUGUAGUCUCGAUAGAAACUGAGAAAACUACAGACGAGGAAUUACCAUUUGAGGAUAUAUUGGCUGAAAAACGCCGCAAAUAUACGGCUAAAGAAGAAUUCAUCUACUCAUUAUACAACAAUAUACUUCCAGCUUUUGUAGCUAAAUGGGAUGGAUAUUUCUUGCGUCGGGAACGGUUUACAAAGAAAUAUGAUCAGGACGAUGCUGAAACUAUAGAGGAAAAGGACGAAAUAGGUCAUCAUAACAAAAAUGAUUAUUCGUUUAUCGAAGAUGAAGAGAAAGAAAAAGAUAAAUCAAUAUCCGUCCCAUCGUGGAAGCUUUCAAUGCCGGAUGAAUUUGCCGACAUAAAGUUUUACAAUAAUAAUUCUUAUUGCGGUCGCGUCAGUAGGAAAAUGAUGGAAGGCGAUGGAACGUAUGUAUGGGAUAAUGGCGUUCAAUAUAAGGGUCAAUUCGAGCAUAAUAAAAUUCAAGGGAAAGGUAUCUUGAAGUGGAACGAUAAUUGUUGGUACGAAGGUAACUUUGUAGAUGGUCUUCGACAUGGCAAAGGUAUCUUGGUGAACAGAGAAAACAAUCGCAUGUACGUCGGUCAGUGGUGCAUGGGCCACAUGCAUGGAAAGGGGUUAAAUGUUGGCACAUAAAUAUUUGUCAUGUCACAGUAUUUAAUAUUAUUAAUUUAUCUUGAGACAUAAAUUUGAUUUCCUAUAUUAUUAUCU